CCGCUGAUGUGGAGUAGGGCCGAGCGCGGAACGCGAGGGGUUGCUGGGGUGUGUGUCGCAGCGGGUUUUCCUCGGCGGUUUGCGGAGCUGCUAGGAUGGAGCAGGUUGCGGAGGGAGCAAGUGUGACCGCAGUCCCUGUGUCAGCUGCCGACAGCACUGAGGAGUUGGCCGAAGUCGAAGAAGGAGUUGGAGUAGUGGGUGAAGAUAAUGACGCAGCCGCGAGAGGAGCGGAGGCCUUUGGCGACAGUGAGGAGGACGGAGAGGAUGUGUUCGAGGUGGAGAAGAUCCUGGACAUGAAGACCGAGGGGGGUAAAGUUCUUUACAAAGUUCGCUGGAAAGGCUAUACAUCGGAUGAUGAUACCUGGGAGCCCGAGAUUCACCUGGAGGACUGUAAAGAAGUGCUUCUUGAAUUUAGGAAGAAAAUUGCAGAGAACAAAGCCAAAGCAGUCAGGAAGGAUAUUCAGAGACUAUCCUUAAAUAACGACAUAUUUGAGGCGAACUCUGAUAGCGAUCAGCAAAGUGAGACAAAAGAAGAUACUUCCCUAAAGAAGAAAAAGAAAAAAUUAAGGCAGAGAGAAGAGAAAAGCCCAGAUGAUCUGAAAAAGAAAAAAGCAAAGGCCGGGAAGCUAAAAGACAAGUCCAAACCAGACCUGGAGAGCUCCUUGGAAAGUUUAGUUUUUGAUUUAAGGACAAAGAAAAGAAUUUCUGAAGCCAAAGAAGAACUAAAGGAGUCCAAAAAGCCCAAAAAAGAUGAAGUAAAAGAAACAAAGGAAUUAAAGAAAGUUAAAAAGGGUGAAAUAAGAGAUUUAAAGACGAAAACAAGAGAAGAUCCCAAAGAAAAUAGAAAAACAAAAAAAGAAAAAUUUGUCGAAUCCCAGGUGGAAUCUGAAUCAAGUGUACUUAAUGAUUCCCCCUUUCCGGAGGAUGACAGUGAAGGGCUACAUUCCGACAGCAGAGAAGAGAAACAAAACACUAAAAGUGCAAGAGAGAGAGCAGGGCAGGACAUGGGGCUGGAGCAUGGCUUUGAGAAGCCCCUAGACAGUGCCAUGAGUGCUGAGGAGGAUACCGAUGUCAGAGGCAGGAGGAAAAAGAAGACCCCGAGAAAGGCUGAGGACACUAGAGAGAACAGGAAGCUAGAGAACAAGAAUGCUUUCUUAGAGAAGAAAACUGUGCCUAAAAAGCAGAGGAAUCAAGACAGAAGCAAAAGUGCUGCAGAGUUAGAGAAGCUGAUGCCUGUAUCUGCCCAAACGCCAAAGGGCUGGAGGUUGAGCGGGGAAGAGAGAGGCCUCUGGUCCACGGACUCAGCCGAGGAGGACAAAGAGACCAAAAGAAAUGAAUCCAAAGAAAAAUAUCAGAAAAGGCAUGAUUCUGACAAAGAAGAAAAAGGCAGAAAAGAGCCAAAAGGAUUAAAGACACUUAAGGAAAUCAGAAAUGCAUUUGAUUUAUUUAAAUUAACUCCAGAAGAAAAAAAUGAUGUUUCUGAGAAUAAUCGGAAAAGGGAAGAAAUACCACUGGAUUUUAAAACCAUAGACGAUCACAAAACCAAGGAAAACAAACAGUCACUUAAAGAAAGGAGAAACACCAGAGACGAAACGGAUACUUGGGCAUACAUUGCUGCAGAAGGUGAUCAGGAGGUUUUAGACAGCGUGUGCCAAGCAGAUGAGAAUUCGGGUGAGUUUGGAAUCAUUUUGCAGAAUUUUUCAAGGUAGUGCACCAUAUUAUUUUACUGUACUCUUCUCUGUAUUUCUGAUCUCAACGAUCAAAAAAUAAUGGAGUCGAAGAGUUUAUUUGGAUCUCCUGAAUAAAUAACAUUUUAUAUUGAA